CCUUCCCUUGCGCCUGUCUCCGUGACGCCUGAGCAAAACAGUGGGAUCCUCGGCUCACCCCGGGCUUCUGUCGCACAGAAACAACCUGGAGUCCGUCCUAGCACCCGUGUCUCCGUUUAGCAACGCUGUCUGCCUCGGUUCACCCCCCGUGCCCCGCCGCAGGAUGGAGGUCGAGCUCCUGGAGAGCGACGUUCUGGAGUCGCUGGAAGACCUGGGUUACAAAGGUCCAUUGUUAGAUGACGGAGCGCUGGCUCAGGCAGUCUCUCAUGGAGCCAGCUCCCCUGAAUUUACCAAACUCUGUGCUUGGUUGGUAUCUGAGUUACGGCUGUUCUGUAAACUAGAAGAAAAUGUGCAGGCAACUAACAGUCCAAAUGAAGCAGAAGAAUUUCAACUUGAAAUGAGUGGGUUGCUGGCUGAAAUGAACUGUCCAUAUACGUCAUUAACGUCAGGAGAUGUGACAAAACGCCUUCAUAAUCAAAAGAACUGUCUCUUGCUGCUUACAUACCUCAUCUCAGAACUGGAAGCUGCCAGAAUGCUGUGCGUGAAUGCCCCCCCUAAAAAAGCACAGGAAGGAGGUGGCAGUGAAGUCUUUCAGGAGCUAAAAGGCAUAUGUAUUGCUUUAGGCAUGUCCAAGCCUCCCGCCAACAUAACGAUGUUCCAGUUCUUCAGUGGAAUUGAAAAAAAACUGAAGGAAACACUAGCAAAGGUUCCACCUAAUCAUGUUGGAAAACCCUUAUUGAAGAAACAACUGGGACCUGCUCACUGGGAAAAAAUUGAAGCAAUUAAUCAAGCCAUAGUCAACGAAUAUGAAGUCCGAAGAAAACUGUUAGUGAAACGUUUGGAUGUUACUGUGCAGUCCUUUGGCUGGUCAGAUAGAGCUAAGAGUCAAACAGAAAAACUGGCUAAAGUCUACCAGCCGAAACGUGCCCUCUUGUCCACUAAGUGCACUAUUUCCAUAGCAAAUCUCUUGGCAGCUCGGCAGGAUCUGUCAAAGAUCAUGAGAACAAGCAGUGGGUCCAUCCGAGAGAAGAGUGCAUGUGCCAUUAAUAAGGUGCUAAUGGGCAGAGUGCCUGACAGAGGAGGAAGGCCCAAUGAAAUCGAACCGCCACCUCCUGAGAUGCCACCGUGGCAGAAAAGACCAGAGGCUGGUCCACAACAAGGCAGUGGCAGAGGAGGAAGAGGUGGCUAUGAAUCCUCAUAUGGAGGGAGAGGAGGUUAUGAACAAGGAAGCCACGAUCGAGGGGGACGAGGAGGACGUGGUGGUUAUGAUCAUGGUGGCAGAGGAGGUGGAAGAGGAAACAAGCUUCAAGGAGGUUGGACAGAUGGGGGAGGUGGUGGCUACCAAGAUGGCAGCUACAGGGAGAGCAACUACAGAGAUGCUGGUUUUCAAACAGGUGGCUACCACGGUGGUGGUGGCGGCGGCGGUGGCGGUGGCUACCAAGGGGGAGGCUAUGGUGGCUACCAGUCACCUUCAUAUUCAGGAAGUGGCUACCAAGGGGGUGGUGGUGGUGGCUACCAGCAAGACAACAGAUAUCAAGAUGGUGGGGGACACAGUGACCGAGGGGGUGGCCGUGGAGGAGGGAGGGGUGGUCGGGGUGGUCGUGGUGGCCGUGGAGGACAAGGAGGAGGCUGGGGGGGCAGAGGUGGGCAGAACUUUAAUCAAGGGGGGCAGUUUGAGCAGCAUUUCCAGCAUGGAGGUUAUCAGUAUAAUCAGUCUGGCUUUGGACAAGGAAGACAUUUCACAAGCUGAGGCUGCUAAAAUUUUCACUUCAGCAGAGCUCAUGUAAUAGAAACCUGGUUUCAGAGGCCUGGCUUAAUCACUGCUUGAGUAGUACAGGUUGGUACGUGGCAGGUAGAAUCCUUUGGGUGGGAUGUUUUGCACUGAGGAAAGUACCACGUUUUGUAGACUUCUGCCCACAGUUUGUCUGAAUUUAAUGCAUCAUCACUACGCAUUGCAUCCUAA